AUGGUCUGUCUCUCUCUCUCUCCCUCUGCCCGUGAUGGUCUGUCUCUCUCUCCCUCUGCCCGUGUUGGUCUGUCUCUCCCUCUGCCCGUGUUGGUCUGUUGGUCUGUCUCUCCCUCUGCUCGUGUUGGUCUGUCUCUCCCUCUGCUCGUGUUGGUCUGUUGGUCUGUCUCUCUCUCUCUCUCCCUCUGCCCGUGUUGGUCUGUCUCUCUCUCUCUCUCUCCCUCUGCCCGUGUUGGUCUGUCUGUCCCUCUGUCUCUCUCUCUCCCUCUGUCCGUGUUGGUCUGUCUGUCUCCUCUCUCUCUCUCUGCCCGUGUUGGUCUCUCUCUCCCCUCUGCCCGUGUUGGUCUCUCUCUCUUCCUCUGCCCGUGUUGGUCUCUCUCUCUCCCUCUUCCCGUGUCGGUCUCUCUCUCUCCCUCUUCCCGUGUCGGUCUCUCUCUCUCUCCUCUGCCCGUGUCGGUCUCUCUCUCUCCCCUCUGCCCGUGUCGGUCUCUCUCUCUCCCUCUGCCCGUGUCAGUCUCUCUCUCUCCCCUGUCGGUCUCUCUCUCUCUCCCUGUGUCGGUUUCUCUCUCUCCCUGUGUCGGUUUCUCUCUCUCCCUGUGUCGGUUUCUCUCCCUCUGCCCGUGUUGGUCUCUCUCUCUCCCUGUGUUGGUCUCUCUCUCUCCCUCUGCCCGUGUUGGUCUCUCUCUCCCCUCUGCCCGUGUUGGUCUCUCUCUCUCCCUCUGCCCGUGUUGGUCUGUCUCUCUCUCUCCCUCUGCCCGUGUUGGUCUGUCUCUCUCUCUCCCUCUGCCCGUGUUGGUCUGUCUCUCUCUCUUCCUCUGCCCGUGUUGGUCUGUCUGUCUCUCUCUCUCUCUCCCUCUCUCCCUCUGCCCGUGUUGGUCUGUCUCUCUCUCUUCCUCUGCCCGUGUUGCUCUGUCUGUCUGUCUGUCUCUCUCUCUCCCUCUGCCCGUGUUGCUCUGUCUGUCUGUCUGUCUCUCUCUCUCUCUCCCUCUGCCCGUGUUGCUCUGUCUCUGUCUGUCUCUCUCUCUCCCUCUGCCCGUGUUGCUCUGUCUCUCUGUCUCUCUCUCCCUCUGCCCGUGUUGCUCUGUCUGUCUGUCUCUCUCUCCCUCUGCCCGUGUUGCUCUGUCUGUCUGUCUCUCUCUCCCUCUGCCCGUGUUGCUCUGUCUGUCUGUCUCUCUCUUGCUCUGUCUGUCUCUCUCUCCCUCUGCCCGUGUUGCUCUGUCUGUCUGUCUCUCUCCCUCUGCCCGUGUUGCUCUGUCUGUCUCUCUCUCUCUCUCUCUCUCUCUCUCUGCCCGUGUUGCUCUCUGUCUUUCUGUCUCUGCCCCUGUUGUUCUCUUUUGGUUUUUACGAAAAACAUAG